AUGACUGACAAUUUAAUUAUGCUUGUGAGCCUGGUGGUUCUUCACAGCAUGUUUAUAAAUGGAAGAACAACAUGUAAACGGCACUUGAUGGAAGAAUGGAGUACACGGCCCUCAACAUAUGUGGUGAAUUGGACAGUGACAGAAAACAUCUGCCUGGAGUUCUAUGGGGAUUGCUGGUUUGGAGAUGUAAAUACUAAAAUGAAUACUUCUGGCAAUCAAGUUGUUCCCCAGAUUUGCCCUUUGCAAAUUCAAUUAGGAGACAUCCUUGUAAUUUCUUCUGAACCAUCUCUUCAAUAUCCAGAAAUAAAUGUGAUGAAUGUUUCUGAAGCAUCAUUCAUUGACUGUCUGCAAAAUACCACAACUGAAGAUCAGUUACUUUUUGGUUGCAAUCUAAAAGGAAUGCACACUGUUAAUUCUCAGUGGCUGAGUGUUGGGACACAUUAUUUCAUCACAGUAAUGCCAAGUGGUCCAUCCCUUUGUCAACUGGGACUUCGACUAAAUGUAACAGUGAAAGAGCAGUUCUGCCAGGAAUAUCUGAAUUCGGAGCUUUGCUCUGGGCAUGGUACAUGUCUUACUGAAAUUUGGAGCAAGAUAUACAGCUGCCAUUGCCAGCCUCCAUUCUCUGGGAAAUAUUGCCAGGAGCUGGAUUCAUGUUCCUCUAAGCCAUGUAAAAAUAAUGGCAGUGGCAUUAAUAAAAGAGAAAAAUGGAAUAAGCAAGGAUAUGAAUGUAUCUGUCACCCACAAAUUUCAGGCAUAAAUUGUUCAGAAAUAAUUGGGCAGUGUCAACCACAUAUCUGUUUCCAUAGGAACUGCAGAAAUAUUACUGCAAAUAGUUUCAUUUGUGAUUGUGAGGAACCAUUUUCAGGUCCAUUCUGUGAGGAGUCAAUGGAACACUGUGUUUCUCAGUCUUGUUGGAAAGGAGAAAUUAGUCAAAAUAAAAGCUCAGCUUACAUUUUGGAAUGCAAAGAAGGAUAUCUCAAUCAAAGCUGUGAAACCUAUGUCAAUGAGUGUUCACCAAAACCAUGUCAGAAUUUUACUGACUGCAUUGAUAUUCCAACAGGUAUCAUGUGCAUGUUUUCACCAAUAUGUACAGUCAAGCAUUGUAAGCAACUUCAAACAUCACUGGAGUCUUUUCCUUGCAAGAUUAAUGCCACAAGUAUGAAAUAUGAGAAAGAUUAUCAUUGCAGUUGUAUUCCAGGAUUCACUGGAAAAAACUGUGAGGAAGUAACUGACCGCUGCAGACUUUUCACCAUCAACUGUCUGAAUGAAGGAUGGUGUUUCAAUGUAAUCGGAAGAUUCAGAUAUAUAUACACUCCAGGGUGCACAAGAAAUUCAUGUCGAUUUGUGAAGAAUGCUUGCUUAAUUCAUCUGUACCCCUGCUACUGUGGAACCAUCAGCCAUGGUAUUUUUCAGGCUGAAGUUGCAAGUCCUCCUCAAUUAAAAUAUGUGUGGCAAUUGAAAUUUACAGGAUCGGAAGGUGAAAAUCGUGAAUUGGUUACUGGCAGCUACUUCUUUCUCACUUGCAGCUGCAUGGAAGGUGCUGUCAGUCUGAACCGAUCCGAAGCCCUUGGUCAUGUGUGUUGGUUCCUACGUGAAGGAACAAGGAAGAUAUGUGCAAAUGGAUGUAGUUGGUUGAUUAAAGAAGAUGAUAAGGGAUAUUGGUGCCUAUGUACUUCCACAUGGUUUUGCAAAAUGUAUCUGGAAAACACAACUGACUAUGAAGGAAAUAGGUGUCAACAAGCUAUUUAUGAAGAGGAAAUUAAUAUAUCCAGAUGCAGCUGUUUUCUUGGUCACAUGUUUAGAGUCGGUAUACUCAAUGUUGAUGACUGCUUAGGAAACCAGAGCACAUCAGUGCAAGGCCUCUGCCUGACCCAUUUGCACACCUGCAGUUGUAGCUCUCUGCAAAGAUGUGAAAGACACAUCUGUGAAAUAGAAACUGAAGAUUGUAAAUCUGCACCCUGCAAAAAUGGAGCAACAGGUACACAUUUAUAUGGCUAUUUCUUUGGCAAAUGUUUCCCAGGAUUUACAGGCAACAAAUGUGAAAUAGAUGUAGAUGAGUGUGCUUCACAUCCCCGCAAGAAUGGAGCCACCUGCAUUGACCAUGCUGGUAAUCAUUCCUGUCAAUGCGUGACUCCAUUUAAAGUGGUUGAUGGCUUCUCCUGUUUAUGCAGUCUCUGCUCUGCUGGUCUGAGGUGUAAACAGGACUUUGAUGACUGCAUCCUAAAUGCCCAUGAGAACAAUUCUACCUGCAAAGAUCUGUGUCUGAACCACCAAUGCAUGUGCCUUUCUGGUUGGGAAGGAUAUUUUUGUGAACAAGAAUUCAAUGACUGCAAAAAGAAUCCCUGUAAGAACAAUUCCACCUGUAUUGACCUUGACAAUGGCUAUCGCUGUGACUGUACAUCUGGAUGGACUGGACAGAAUUGUAGUGAAGAAAUAAAUGAAUGUGACUCUGACCCAUGCAUGAAUGGAGGUCUUUGUCAUGAAUCUUCCAUCCCUGGGCAAUUUGUGUGCCUGUGCCCACCCUUUUAUACUGGAAAAUUUUGCCAUCAACGCUAUAACCCCUGCGAUCCACUCAGUGAUCCUUGCCAAAACAAUUCAACAUGCUUGACUUUGGUAGAUGGAAAUCAUUAUUGCAUUUGCAGAGAAGGAUUUAAAGGUGAACACUGUGAAAUUAACAUGAAUGAGUGCUUCCCCCUUCCUUGUCAGAACUGUGGUGACUGUAAAGUUGGGCUCAACAAUUUCAGGAGUGUUUGCAGACCUGGGUUUUCUGGACCUCUAUGUGAAACUAAUGAGUGUUCCUUUAAACCUUGCCAAAAUAAUGGAAUCUCUGUGGAUCUGACAAGUAGAUUUCUAUGUAAUUGUGAACCUGAGUAUCACGGAUCUUUCUGUGAACUGGAUAUAAAUGAAUGUGAAAUCUCACCUUGUCCCUAUGGAGAAAAUUGUGUCAAAAGAACAGGUGGAUACAUCUGCCUCUGUGCUCCUGGUUAUUCAGGCAUCGAUUGUGAAGUAAAUAUAGACGAAUGUCUAUCAAAGCCCUGUCUCCGUGACGGAACUUGUAUUGAUGGCAUAAAUCAUUACACCUGUGACUGCAAGAGUGGGUUUUUCAGAGCACACUGUGAAGCAAAGGCAAAUGACUGCCUCUCACAUCCUCCUCUACAUGGCAGAUGCAUAGAUUUCAUUGAUAAGUAUCAAUGUUCAUGCAGUGCAGAAUGGACUAGCUCAAGAUGUAAGAUCAAGAUUAAUGACUGCACAUCCAUCCCUUGUAUGAAUGAAGGCUUCUGUCAGAAGGCAGCCCAUGGUUUUACUUGCAUUUGCCCAAAUGGUACAUAUUGUGAAGUAAAUGUUAGCAGUUGUACUGAGCAUGAUCUGAAUGUGGUCCUCUGCCUUAACGGAGGGAUAUGUGUUGAUGGACCUGGACACACUUUUUAUUGCAGAUGUCUCCCUGGAUUUUCUGGGAAAUGUUGUGAAAUUAACAUAAAUGAAAGUUCUUCAUCACCAUGUUUAAAUGGUGUGAACUGUGAGGAUCACAUCAAUGGAUAUAUUUGCAAAUGUCAACAAGGAAGAUCAGGACAUCCCUGUGAAAAAGAACUUUAUGAGUGUCUUUCCAACUUACAUGUUCAUGGAAUGUGCAGAGGAAGUGAACCUGGCGAAGGCUUGCCAUGUUUAUGCACACCUGGACUUGUGAUCUGCUCCAUUGGGCUUCUCUGUGGUAAUGAAAUAAGAAGAAUCACCUGUUUACCUCCCAGCUCUCAACGAAAAGAGGCCACUUCCACACAAACAUACACAGUGCCCACCUCAGGGACUUCGGUCAGUAGCAUCCCACCUGCCAGGGCUACCCAACUGUGGGCCAUAGUGAACACUACUCCAGUUGGUGAAGGUCCAAAACAGACAGACUUUAUCCAGCACGACGUUCUCCCAACCACUGGUUUGGCAGCAUUAAAUAUUGGCACGUCCUCUGAAAGCUAUUUACUCGAAGAACUGAUUUCCACUAAGAAGCUUUCAGCAAAACACAGUCUUCCUUCUUCAGCAGAUGUUUCCUCUUCUCAGUUUCUGAAUUUUGGUGCUCAUGACCCAGCACAAAUCGUCGGGGGCAAAACACCUGUAUCAUGUAUGCCCAUCCAAACUCCAGUGGGCGCACCAGGACUCUUUUUCCCUGAUAGGGGAGAGAGCACCCCGUUUAUCAUCUCUUCCUUAAUGACAGAUUUUAUUUUUCCUACACAAUCUUUAUUAUCUGAGAGCCCGCGGACUGUUGUCUUGUCUGCUACCACAAUGAGUUCAGUAACUAGUGGUGUUCCAGGGGCUGAUGUUGAGUUAAACAGACAUUCAUUACUCUUCCGUGGCUUCCCGCCCGCAACUGCUUCCGUGAGUGCACCUCCAGUCGUCUCUCAAGAGGAUAUUGAAGGAUAUUCAGCUCUUUCGUUAAUUUCAAGAGAGUCCUGGAGACUGCUGAGCUCUUCGAUGUCUCCCAUUUCUCCUGCUAAGAUAAUCAUAUCCAAGCAGGUAGCCGUCUUAAAUUCAUCAACUCUGCACCAAUUCACCACACAAGCCUCCAUUCCCAGUGAAGAUCAGGUUAUUACCGAAGCAUCCAGCAACCAGAGAGUCACAAAUAUCAAACCACAGGCUGCUGAUUCUUUAAGUGAAUUAAGCCAAACGUGUGCAAUGUGUUCUAUGACUGAAAUAAAAUCCUUUCAUGAAUUUUCAGAUCAAGUUUUGCAUAACAAACAGUCCCACUUUUACGAGACAUCCUGGAUGAAUUCAGCAGUAUUAGCCAGGUGGUUUGCACGAAUGGGAACACAAGCUAUCACUUCUGGACAUUCACUUCCUUCGGCUGCUGAAAUCACACCAUCAGUGGCAAUCACAGAACUGUCAUCUUUAUUUCCUUCUACAAAGAGUACAAAAAGAAGAAUUUUAGUCUCAUCCAUAGAAGAAUAUAUUACCCUAUCAAGUAAUUUGGAUGUUAAUUUAUGUUUGGAUAAGAUGUGUUCAUCCAUUAUCCCUUCACAAACUGUCCCUUCAGACCUGACGAAUUCGGAUUUGACUUCACAACUGACUGCUGAUGAUCCUUCAGUAUCAGAAAACAUUUUUAAACUAUUGAAAAUAGGAAUCUAUGGUACAACUUUGGGUCCCACUGAGAUGCUGAAUGAAGACAAGUUACUGGGCGUGCAAGAGCAUGAAGGGUCUUAUACUCAGUUCAAACCUCAUACAGGGGAUGGGUCUCUAAAUUUUGAAUUAAACUUUCAAAGUCAUCCAGAAACUAUACAUUCAAGUGACCUCAACCUACCACGACAUGUAGACUCCACGUCUGAUUUUUCAGAAGUAACCUCUCCUGUAGCAUUUUCUAUAGCUUCAGCAACUCAAUCACUUCCAAUACAGACCUCUGUCCCCAUGUCUGUAGUUAUGCCAGAUUGGACAUAUUAUACAGAUUAUCUGACCUUAGCACCUGAUUUAAAAGAAGAGGUCAGAACUUCUUCAGAAUGGUCCAGAUGGGAGCUGCAGCCUCGUGGGCGUGGUCAGGAAUCUCCUGCAGCAAGUCAAAGGCUUUCCAUCACUAGGUCUCUUAUCUGGUCUUCCCUGGAGCCCAUUCCGGCACCUCCUCAGCUGAUGAUUUCUGGUGAGUUCCUCAGUUUUAGUUCUGUAAACUUUUAG